UCACGAUCUCCCCGGAAGCUUGCCCGCACAGGCUGCACGUCUCGCUCUCUACCCCUCACGCGACUUGUGGUUGUGCAUUGGUGGGCGCAGAAGAGGGAGACCUGAGGACCUACGCCGAUAUUCGCACCGGAGUGCAAAGGGAGCAUUGGCACGGGGCUGCUGUUGUGCGACUUUCACAUGCAAGAGGUUGGGGAGCUAUAACAUCACGACUACACGCAUCAAAGCUCUACGGAGUGUGACACCAUGCCGACGCUCGAUCAGAUCGUGAAGGGUGCACCGGCACCCAACGCAUCUGUCAACAAGGUCGCAGCCUCCGCAUACGCAAAUCCCCCACCGCACACGGCCGCCCUCCAGCAUCCUCUCCCACACCAUGUCAUCGACGUCAAGACACCGCGUCCAUCCACCCUCAGCGAUCCCACAUGCCUCCUACCGAGCUCGCCGCCGCAGAUCUACCUCAAUCUCCUCAUCCUCGAAGCCAGCCUGCGCAGCCAGUACCUUACUCUUCGCGCCCGGCGGCGGCAGAACACAUUUGUCCUCACGCUACUCGCAGUAUGGAUAGCAUUCUUCUUCUACCUGUUGUGGCUGCGGCCGAGAGAAGACGGCAAAGGCAUAGGCGGCUCACAGUACUGGCUCGUCGACAUGCUGCAAAAAGUCGGCUUCAUCACCGGCGUCGUCACAGCGCUGCUCUUCUGGGCAACAGGCCAAUGGGAGCGCGGCGUCCGCUGGCCACGGCGCUGGAUCGGCGUUGCGAACCGCGGUCUGCGCGGCAUGAAUGCGAAAAUCGUCGUCAUCCGCGGCCCAUGGUGGCACGAACUCGUAGAAUGGGGACGCUUCAUCGUGCCCUUCUCCGGCGGCUUAUGGGGCGGCGAGCAAGGCGGGAGUUCAUACCACUUCAUCAACGUGGUGCAAGAGAAGAACCACGCACUCGACACUGGCCGUCCUCGCCAUAGAAUCGUCGAGGACGGAAAAGAAUACGCAGAGGAAGACAUCGCGCCGGGCGGUGACUACAUCAAGCUGCUCCUCCUCCCCAAACCAUUCACCCCCGAUUUCCGCCAGAACUGGGAAAUGUACCGCGCCGAAUACUGGGAGCACGAGAACGAGCGGCGCCUCGAGCUUAGGAAACGCGUACGCGCCCGCCAGCGCGAGAUCGCGCGCGAAGAAGGCGGGCUGCUCUGGUGGACGGGUUGGCGGGGUUGGAAGCGUGCGCGAGGCUUCUCUGGCCGCAGCGCUGAUGUGGAAAAGAGCGGUCAUGCGCACAGCCAUUCGCAUAGUCUGAGCGCGAGUAACUCCCACCGCCGACGACGACCCAGCACACUCCAACAUGGCAGAGAUGGGAGCCACUCCCGCACCUCAUCGCGCAGCUCCACCCCCGGACCAGACGACGAGCGUCUUCGCCCCCUUGAGUCACGGGAACGUAGGUGGAGUUCUAGCACCGCAGGUUCCACACGAUCUACCUCCGCCCCGAGGGGUAAAACGAUCACACAAGGCAACGCUGCGUCGGCGCGCCAGCCCCCUGUGAGACCGCAUUUGCCUGGCAGUAGCGGGAGUGGAAACAGACCAGGCACGAGGACGAGUAUGCUCAGCAAUGCGUCGAGCCUGAGCGAGCUGGAUGAUGGCUGGUAUGAGGCGACGAGUGAGAGUAAGCCCCGGUCGCAAGUGAGGAGGAAGGGGAGUCGGGAGAGUGUGAGUGGGAGUGGGAGUUGGAGCGGGAGUGGGAGUGGGAGUGGGAGUGUGAGUGGGAGCGGGAAUGGGAAGGAAGCUGCGAGUGCGUGAGGUGAGCUGGAAAUUGGUGAUGUUGGUGGCGAUGUUGAUGUUUGAUGAUACCAUG